AAAAAGGAUGUACUCGCAUCAAACAAUAUUGUUACUCAGAAAUGUAUUUACAUGAAUGUCUUUAUGAAGAAUUGCUCUCCUGCCAUGUAUAUAAGAAGGAGCUCGCACGUUAUUCUGGACACAUCUGAUCUGAGAUCUUCCAGCUCUACAAGACUCUUUCUGUCGUUGUGAACAAACAUCUUGAAGAAUGAGAAGCCUGAUGUUUCUGCUGGUCCUGGUUCUCUUCUGCUCUGUGCCGAUGACUUCAAGCGCUCCCCUAGCCGGUAAUGUGGCAAACUGCUGUAUGAAGUUCAGUAAUGUGAAGAUUCCUGUGAAACAGGUGAAGUCUUACUACCGGACCAGCAGCGAAUGUCCCAGACCAGCCAUUGUGUUUCAGACAUUUAAAGGUAAAACGUUCUGUGUAGAUCCAGAGACCACCUGGGUGAACGGCCAUGUUGAUAAAGUGGACAAGAGAUCAAGAGUCUAAAACUUCUACGUGAACUCUGCAUUUCAUUCUGUACAUUGCUGAUGUGUAUAUAAAACAAUUUUAUUUACAGAAUAAUUUAUGUGAUUGGAUCGUUGUUUUAAUAAAAUAUGAAUGAUAA